CCACACUCUGCCUUCAGGUCAUGCUUCCCCCCCCCGACCACGUCCUUUAAGAUCUCGACGCACACCACGGCGCACCGCGCUCCUCUCGGCUGCAGGGAUUCGGAUUGCUCUCUCUCUCGACCUCGACGCCUCUGCUUCUCGUGCUUACUUGUCCUUCGUCGCCCAGCGCACGUUUACUUCUUUAUUGCUUAGAAACGGCGUCCUUGAUCCGUGUGUUUUCAUCGCAGAACAACAACACCAUCUACCGACGGAGCUAACAAGACUGACGACAAUGGAUCACGACCAUCUUGCCCAGGCCCUCAGGGCGAAGCAGAGGCCCCAAUCUCGGGCCUCGACUGCCUCUGUCCACAGCAUCUCUACACAGCCCACCAUGGAACAACAGCAGCAGUCUUUCAACGACACGCCUGAGCUGUACUCGGCACAAUGGGUCAACAACGACCAAAGGCAGCAGAGGAGCCUCGCACCCGCGUCAAGGAUAACGCCCGAGGAAAUGAUGCUGCAUGCUGCUGCAACCCAGAUGCAGAACGCCCGCGAAUAUUCGAUGCCUCCUGGGAUGGGUGCCUCAAUGAGCCAGUCGAGCGCCCACAUGAGCCAUUCCAUGCAGUUCCAACAACACCCUAUGCCGAGGCAUCCUUUGCCGUCCGAGAGCUUCGCCAACACUAGCUUCACUGAUGACAGCCAGAUGAUAGAUCGCGACGAAGACGGCGAUUCCUUGGCGGGAGUGAUGGGCAUGCAAAAAUCAGGCUCGGCCAGGUCUAGUGCCAACAAUGAGCUGGAGAUGCGUCAUCUCUUCAACGCAAAUAAGCACCGCGGCUUGCAGGAUGUCGCUGGCGAGUUGCACGGCAACGAACGAGGACCCAACUCGGAACGUACGCGACAAGUCUUCGCCAUGCUCUGGAUCAACUCAGUGUGCACCAAGGGCAAGGGAUCUGUCCCGCGAGGCCGUGUAUAUGCCAACUACGCGUCCCGGUGUGCCACCGAGAGGAUUACCGUUCUGAACCCGGCCAGCUUCGGUAAACUUGUCCGAGUACUUUUCCCAGGGCUUAAGACUAGGCGACUUGGCGUUAGAGGAGAGUCCAAGUACCACUACGUCAACUUUUGCCUAGUUGACGACCAACCCGACCUCCGCGAGCCCGAGGCUCAUAUCCCCGUGGCCAUCUCCGAACCUGCCCGCCCCCAAAGCGCCAGCGCGGCCGUCCCCGCCACAGCCCAGCCUGUGAAGGCCGUACAACCGUCUCCUGCUGUCAUCAAACGGUCGGCGAGCCCAGCUCAAGCUUCGCAUGGCCACUCAAGGUCGCAUAGCUUCUACAGCCAACCGAAUGUGACCAGUGCGGAUCACCUAAACUCAUCUACCUCGAAGACGUCGCUUCAGUUCUCAUUCCCCUCGGAAUCGGAUGAGGCUCUUCUCCAAUCUAACGAACCUCUCGUGCUGCCUCGAAUGGAGCCUUUCUUGCCUAGCGGGACUGACUCGGAUGCCGCCAAGAGCCUGUCUGCGCUGUAUAGGUCACAUUGCACUUCACUCGUUGAAUGCGUCCGCUACUGCAAGGAGAAAACUUUCUUCCACCUGUACACGUCCUUCCAAGGCACAUUGACUAUGCCAGUUCAGAAGCUACUUGGCCACCCCAGUCUUGCCCCCUGGAUCGAGGAGUGCGACUUUAUCCUCUACCAACGUAUGCUUAGGAUCAUUUCUGGACUCACACUCCAGGUCGUGCCCAAGCCGGUACUGGAUACGCUACGCAACAUCUCGGAGCGACUCGUGCCCCACAUUCAAGAGGCUUUCCAGGGGCAGCCGCACCACGUUGUUCGGGCCAAGGAGGCGCCGGCAACCAUGUUCGCGGCUUUGCUGGAUCGAGCUCUUAGAGUGAACCUUACGGCCCACGCGGCGGCCAACAUGCUGUCGAACCCGGCCAACCGCGACCAGAUGUACCUCGACUGGAUUACCAUGGUGCGCGUGCGCAAGGUGGCCGAGUGCGUGCCUACUCGGGGCAUGGACGACCUCGUCAACUUGCUUGUCUCUGAACUCCGAGAUCUACUCAGCCCCAUGAACGUACCUUGGGAAGUGGAGUGCUUGACUGUUUACGGCGACAUUGUCCUGAGAAACGGCCGCCAAGUGGGCGUUGAGAGCGCGGGAGAACACAACGGACAGAAUGUACUGGAACGCUGGGUUGGCUUCCUCAAGUCUUUACCCACCCGUUUCCCUUAUGCGUCCCACACGGAGAUUGUGUACUCCGUUCAAAGAGUCGGCACGGCGGUGAUGCGGGACCUGACCAUGGCCCAAGGCAAGAGUUUCGGCUCCUGGUGGGUCACGAAAUGCUGGAUCGACGAGAUGACCAGCUUUCUCGCCGAGCAGGGGGGGUUUCUCCAAAUGAAGACCUCAGGCGCAUCUGCAGCUGUCGCCAACGCUCAGCCGACCACUCAGGAGGCGAGCCGACAAGGGUCUCGGUAUAGCACCGGCAGCGAGGAGUUCAACUUCUCCAGCCUCCCCCAAGCACAGCCCGACAAGGCGCCGUUCCCACCAUCUACGAGCCAAAGCCAGGUCGAUUCUGCGGGGAUGACAGCGGGAAGCAACCCGGACGACAGCGGGAUCGGUAUCCGAACGCCAGAGGAGGACUUCCCAAUGGACAAAUACACCUUCUCGCACUCGGAGGUCAAUCAAGCGCUGCUCGCCAACGCCGAAUUGCAACAAUGACGAAAAGGGGACCGAACUAUUGUCGCACCUGGAAAACCGGGUGUCUUGUAUCAAUAGCCGCCUUUCAGACAGUCUCUUGUAGAGGCUUGAUGCCAGAUGAGGACUGUCGAAAACAGUGCGAUGACGAUGGCACGACUGGACGAUUGUAUGAGUGCGGAAAAGCCCGUGGCCAUUUGGCCCGGAGAUAUUCUUCAGUUUAACGCCUGUUUGUUUCUGGACGGGAUUUAUGGGUUUUGAGUUGUGUGUUUUGGUGUUUGACAUACUCGGCGGUUACGGUUGGCAUCUGCAUUUGUUGUUGCUUGUGGGUUUGCUAUACCCAGUGUGUCUGGUUAGGGGCAAAGCAACGGUACUUGAAUUAUACUUUCAAUUAGUGGUAAUACAGCCCGACAGGGUGAGCAUUGAGCCG